UAAAAUGCACCUGCCACUGCCCCUAAGCAAGACAUCUUAUGAAAAUGGCAAGACCCAGCCUUCCCUUCCUCCUCCUAAUCUCAACCUUCGCAUACUUCUUCAUCUCCCCCACCUCAGCCGCGACCACUCCUUCUUCCGCCUCCGCCGCCGCCGCCAACUUCAUCAAGGCCUCGUGCAGCACCACCCGCUACCCGGCGCUGUGCGUCCAGUCCCUCUCCGCCUACGCCAACACCGUCAAGCUGAGCCGCAAGGAGCUGGCCCUAGCGGCGCUGGCCGUGAGCCUAGCCAGGGCCCAAGCCGCGAGGGACUUCGUGACCCGGUCGGCGAAGCUGAAGGGGCUCAAGGCGAGAGAGUACGAGGCCGUGAAGGACUGCCUGGAGGAGAUGGGGGACUCGGUGGACCGUCUGGGGAAGUCGAUGAAGGAGCUCAAGGGGAUGGGGUCGCAAUCCAAGGGCCAGGACUUCGUCUGGCACGCCAGCAACGUGGAGACGUGGGUGAGCGCGGCAUUGACGGACGAGAAUACCUGCAUGGAUGGUUUCUCCGAGAAGGCCACGGAAGGGCGGCUCAAGACGUCGAUCCGGGCUAGGGUCGUCGACAUGGCCCAGGUCACCAGCAACGCCCUCGCUCUCGUCAACCGUUUCGCCUCCAAGCACUGAGCUUUUUGGUCGGAGUCCUAAAGUGUCGUCGUCGUCGGUCGUCGGUCGUCGUCCAUGUUAUUGCUGUUUUAAGCUUUGGCCGAUGAGAGUAUGAAAGAGGUGUGGCAAUGUUUUGGUCGUGUGUAAGUAUUGAAGCAAAGGUUAAAGAGAGUGUGAAUGAAGACGC